GUGCAAUAAGUUUUUUCAUUUAUAAAUCUUUAAUUAAACCUUUUUACUUGUCACCAUUAUGUAAAAUACCUGGUCCACCUUCUGAAAGUAUUUUUUUUGGAAAUUUUUUAACCAUUGUAUCUGAUAUGGGAAAAGCUCAUUUAGAUUGGAACAAGAAAUAUGGAGGAAUAAUAGUAUAUCAUGGAUUUUUAAAUGGACCAAUUGUACUUUUAACAGAUCCUAAAUAUUAUCCACAAAUAUUGACAAAUAAUGCUUAUGAAUUUAUUAAACCAUUGGAAUUUACUACAGAUUUAAGAAUUAUGGUAGGAGAUGGAAUUUUGUUUGCUGAAGGUGAUCAACACAAACGUCAAAGGAAAAUGAUGAACCCAGCAUUCUCUUUUACAAACUUGAAAGAAAUGGUCCCUACAAUUAUCAAUGUUACUAAUAAAUUGAAUAACAUAUUGAAUGAUUUGAUUGAUCAAGAUGAAAAACUAAUUAUUAAUAUCAAUUCAUAUAUUUCAAAUGCUGCAUUAGAUAUUAUUGGCUUAGUUGGAUUUCAAUAUGAAUUUAAUUCACUUAGCUCUGAGAAUGAAUUAGCAACUGCUUAUGAAGAACUUUUUAAUCCUAAAUUAACAUUCAAGAAUUUCUUGUUAAUGGCUAUAUCAGAUAAAUUCAAAUGGAUUAGAUCUUUACCAAUUGAAGCAAAUUUAAGAUUAAUCAAUGCUGUUAAAGUCACUGAAAAAAUUUCCUUGCAUCUAAUUAAGGAAAAACAAAAACAGGCACAGUUAAAAAAAUUGGAAGGAAAAGAUUUGUUGUCUUUAUUAAUCAAUAGUAAUCAAGAUUUGCCACCAGAAGAAAAAAUUUCUGAAUUAGAAUUAAAACAUCAAAUCAUGACAUUUUUAGCAGCUGGUCAUGAAACCACAAGUACUGCACUUUCAUGGGCAUUAUACUUACUUGCCAAGCAUCCAGAGGUUCAAGAUUGUCUUCGUCAAGAAUUAUUGGAAGCUUUACCAGAUCCUAAUUUGGAAGCAUCAUUUGAUAAAAUAAAUUCCUUAGAAUAUUUAAAUUGUGUAUUCAAAGAAACUCUGAGACUCAUUCCACCAGGCCCAGCUGUAUCUAGAACUUGUAAAACUGAUACAACAAUUGAUGGAUACUUUAUUCCAAAAUACACACCAAUUGUAUUAUCAAUAUAUGCAGUUCACCAUGACUCAAAAAUUUGGGGAGAAAAUCAUGAUGAAUUUGAACCAUCAAGAUGGUUAAAUCCAAAAUUAACAUCUGAGAUAAAUAAUUAUUCCUAUUUACCAUUUACAACAGGUCCAAGAUCUUGUAUUGGUUCUAAAUUAGCCACAAUUGAAUUUAAGAUUAUUUUAACUUCUUUAAUAAGAAAAUUUAAAUUUAGGGAAGUUGAAGGUUUCCAG